AUGGCUAAUAAAGCAGCAACACCAGUAGUAACUAAAAGAGAUAAGCUUCCAAGGAAGAAUAGAUUUAAAAUAUCAGCAGGAGUACAGACAGGAACUAGAAUUAAAAACGUAGAUAACUCAGGAGUUAAAGAAGUUGAAGUAAUUGGUGUAAUAGGAUACAGAGGUAUAAUGAAUAGACUACCUCGUGCCUCAGUGUCAGACAUAGUUGUAGCCUCAGUUAAAAAGGGUAAGCCAGAAUUGAAAGGUAAAAUAGUAUACGCUUUGAUAAUCUCUCAGAAAAUGGUUAUUCGUAGAAAGAAUGGUGAACGUAUCGCAUUUGAAGAUAUCAGAUCAAUAAUUCUUGAUAGUAGAGGUGAUCCAAGAGGUACCGGUAGUGUAAAUUCACCGGUAGCUAAAGAGGUUGCUGAAAAGUUUGCAAGAGUCGGUUCAAUGUGUUCUAAUAUUCAUUAA